AUGAGUUCUUCAAAAAACCAUGAAGUCAUUUCACUGGAGUCACGGCGAAGUGAUAGUUUAUCCAGUAUGCAGUUUUUGGAGUGGAUGAUGGAAUUAGGCAACAGUUCCAACAAUGCUUUCAUAUUAACCACACGGAGAGCAAUGAGAGAAACUUAUGCUGGAAUGGUUUAUAUUGCAGUUGCACCACUUUCCGAAGUUCUCGAACAUCCAGCACCAAAUGGCGAAUCAAACGCAAUAAGAUGUCCUAUCCGAACUGAACCAGUUUUUGCUCCAAAUUUUGCAUCAGUUUUCAAACCUUUGUCCACAUCAGCCUGUUAUUCUACUACGGAUAUCCCAUUUGAUUCAAACUCGCAAAAUUCAACCGCUGUUUCUGAUCGUUCUUCUCCAUCCACCAUACCACCAACGACAUUAUCCAAGACUGAAGUUUCUGCUCCACCAACUCCUCUUCAGCCAUUGUCACCAAGCUCUUUCCAAGCGCCAAACAUCUCACCGUUGUCUCCGCAUUUGGGUCCACUAACGCCUCCUCCAACGUUGGAUUUAUGUUCAUUCCCAACUGAGCCAGUUUCACCUACUUCUCCAAUUCCGGCUCCAGCAGAUGCAAUUUUGCCGAGUUCUUCAGCUACUUCGUCCCCUCCUGAGCUGGCUCCGGUUGUUGGCACUUUGCCAGUUUCCUCAUCAACCUCCAGAAAACUAAUUUCUUCGACACCAGCAGUUGCUCUUUCAACAAUGUGUUCGACCUCUUCACCAGCUCAAAGAAGUUCAUCAGAAUCAUCAGACUUGGUUGAAGAAGGUUCUCAUCCAACUAUGUCUCCGCAUCUUGUCACACUUUUGGCUCUUCCAGUGAGAGCUACAGAUGCAAUCUCAACUGAUGACUCGUCCAAUGUUUCAAAUCGUCAAAUUAACAAUUCAAAUCGUCGUGCCAAUCGGACACCCUCAAUUGAUCUCGGUCGUGCUGCUCACUCUUCGGGGGAUAAAACUUCUCCCACAGAUCAAAGAAAUUUUGCGAAGUCAUCGUUUUUGGAUAACGAACAUACUCGUUUGUCGGUUUCUCCACAUCUAUCCUCAGACUGUUCAGCUGAAAUUGGCUCCUCAGCUCGAUCCAACUCGUCCAGCCAUCAAGCUCCUAAUGUCUCAUUUACUGAUUGCAUUCCAAGCCAUGCAGACAAUCACUCACCGGUUUCUUCAACAUCUUAUGCAGCUCAACAAAAUCCGGUUGUUGAAGCUUUGGUUGCUGGUGAACUCCUUCCAAAGCGUUCAACAGUUCCUGUCUCCCAUCUUGUUCAACAAUCGAAGACUAAAGAUGUUGGUUACCCAUUCACGCCCAACUCUCCAGAAAACCAAGCAUCAUCAUCUUCGAAUACUCCACCAGGCUCGACAACACCGAACUUGAUUUCUUCUUCAUCUCUACGGAAACGCCAACAUGAAUCAACUUUAGAAAAAGAAUCAAAAAAGAAGAAACCAAUCAAAAAGUAUAAGAAGAAAACGAGGAAAUCAAGAAAGCCCAAAAAAGUGUCUUCACCACCAGCCCCAUCAUCAAGUCGUGUCGCAAAGUCUCAAGCAUCAGUGUCUUAUUUACCUUCCUCCUCAUGUUCAAAUGACGAAGAAUGCUCAACAUCAUCAGACUUGGCUUCAAGAGUCAAACUUCGUCGACAAAGAGCUAUCGAGGAACAACAACCUAAAAGAACACCACCCAAAAAAAAAGUUCGCAAAAAUGUGCAAGACAAGGAGAAAUGUGGUGCUCUUCCAAAUUAUUGCUUGUGUGUGAAAUAUGAAGAAGAAGAAGGAGGCCUUCAUUGGGUGUCCUGUGAUCUAUGCCGCGAAUGGUUUCACAUUUUUUGUGUGAGGCUCGACAACAUCAAUUUUGAAAAGGAAGAACCGUUUGUGUGCUGCGGAGAGCGGCCUACAAAAGAAGGACGACGAGUCAUGAGAGGAGCGGUAUACGACCAAUACCAAAAGAUGCAUCCACGACCAAAACCAUACUGA